AUGGAUGAAAUUAACACACGAUCAUUAGAAAUACCAAUUCAUAAGAUAAAGAAGUUAAAAAGCAUUUGGACUGAUAUCUAUACAGCCAUUGUAGAGUAUGGAGAAUUACAAAUUAGAUUUGAUUUAAAGAGAAAGUCAGUUGAUUUAAGAGCUUGUGAAAAGACUAAGGACAUUGGAUUUUUAGACCGAGGAAUAGAAUUUUUAAAGGCAGUGCUUGCUGGAUUUAAAGUGGAAGACUCAAUUGCUAUUUUAAAAUAUAAAGAUGUGUUUAUGGAUAAGUUUGACAUAAGUGAAAUUAGAAAAAUGAAAUCUAAUCAUCUUCAACGUGCAAUAGGAAGAGUUAUUGGUAGAAAUGGAAAAACAAAGGAAGUUAUUGAAAAUACUUCUAGAUGUAAAUUUCUGUUACAAGAUCAAACAAUUACACUUUUAGGCGUAACUGAAAAUAUUAACAUAGCAAAAGAUGCUAUUGGUAGACUUAUUCAGGGAGCUGAAACUGGAACAAUAUUUAAUAGACUUUCUGCUAUUUCUACUAAACUUAAAAACAAAUACGGUUCAAUACAAACUAUUUAUGAGAAUUUAAAAACUGAAAAUGAAUAA